UUUACUAUUGUGUGUCCUUACUACUGUAGACUGGCUGGUUAUAUGUUGGGUGUCCAUGUUGGGUAACAGGUAGGAUUAGGCCUGUAGGGAUGCAGUGUUUUAAGGAGCGGUGUCCUCACACAGAAGGACACAGCUGGUGUGUCUGUGAGUCAGAGGGAGGAGUUUUGACCUAAUCGAGGGUAAAGAGGAAAAGGAAGUUAUCCUCUGCAGAGACAGUCGUGAACUCAGCCUCAUUCCUUUUUACUAGUGUUUGUGAGCGUUGUCAGUUUCACAAUGAUGAAAGUCUGUGUGUGGACCGUGUGUCUGUUUACUGCUCUGACUGUCGGGGUGAAGAGUCUCAGACAAACAGGAUACGUUGGGCAAAAUGUAACAUUCCAGUGCUCAGACUGGGAGGGUUACACUUGGAGUGAUGUAACAUCUUACGUUAAGUACAUUAGUACAGAGAACAAGCAUGAGAUCAUGAGAGUAAAACCUGGAGACAUUAAUCAAAAGGACAGAAUAUCUUUAUACAACAAUGGAGGAACUUUGUCUGUGACCUUCACUGAUGUCCAGAAGUCAGACUCUGGGACUUAUUACUGUGGACUGGAUAGGUGGGGACAUGACAUAUAUAUACAGGUGAUCCUUCACGUUAUAGAUGUGACUCCUGGUCCACAGACAACAGUUAGAACAGUCAGUGUGUGGUCAAGCUCCACUGUGUUUUCAAACAGCAAAAAUAUUACUUCAGAUAUUUCACCAUUGUUCACCACACGUCAGUCAACAGCAGCUGCUGCAUCAGAAGCACAUGGCGAUGAAGGGAAUGGAACAGGAAGUGUCCUGUACUUGAUCAUUGGUUUCACUGUUGUAAUAACUACACUGGUUCUUCUAUUGUGUCUAAUGAUGAAGAUAAAGAAAGAGAGAAAGAAAAAGGUGUCUAAGUCUGGUUCACCAGAAGCCGUCGUACAACAGGAUGCCGACUAUGCUGAAAUCAGACAUGAAGACCACACUGAGAGGGUGUCUGCUGCUGACGUUCACCCAGAGACGCUCUAUGCAAAUUAUUCCAGCCAACAGGACACAGCACAGCAGGGCAGGGCUUCACACGAUGCUUCUGCUUCUAGUUCACACGUCAGACACACAGAUUCCCAGUUUGAAUGUCUUUACACUGUCGCUCAACUUCCUGAAGAGCGGCCUGAGUGUGAAUCUGCAACAAAUGACUAAAGAUGCAUCAUCUAUCUUACAAAAAGAAGAGCACGCUGUGGUGUUUCUCCACUGUGGUCACACGAGGCCUGUGGUUUUAGGGCGAAGCUGAUUUAGCAGGAAACCGACUGGCUCUUGCAGGUAUCGAUUUGGUGCAUGUGUGUUCAUGUCAUUAUAAUGUUGUAGUUAUAAGCUGUGAACAUCAUGCAUCUACCUAAGGUGUUAGUGACUGGCUUCCUGUUCUGAGCAGCUAGUGAACACACUUCCCUAAAAUGACAGCCUGGUCCAUAGCUGUCAUAGUUUCACAACUCACAUUAGAUCUAAAUGGACAUUUGCUUCCGCCAAAUAUUUUCAUGCAUUCAUGAAUUUUUUUUCAUAUAAACAUAUAUAUAAAUAAUAUAAACAGCGUGAUGGUAUUGUGGAGAAUGUAAUUACAACCCAGUUGUGGUUUCUGACCAUAUCUUCAUCACAUUUUUCAACACAGACUACACAACCUCAUAACUUUGUUAAUAUGCUCUUUGGUAUCACCUGUCUGGGUUUUUUUGUAAUUGUUGCAUUUGCUUGACUUCCAUUAUGGAUCAGAUGUAAUUUGUGGACAUGCUCAGGUCCCCAGUCCUUCACACCUCAGUGCCACUACUUCGGACUCUUAAAGCCACUACCACUGCCAUUUCCUGUUUUAUUUUGUAUGCAUUUCUGGUUUCUGCUCCACCAUGUUUAGCUCCUGCUUCCUAUUUAGCUUCCAGUAUUCACCUUGUUCCUCUGCCAGAUUCUUUGCUCACAUACCUGUGUCAACUCUCCAGCGUCCUGUUUCCUGUGAGUCUCACCAGUUUACCGAAUCUAGUUUUGUUCCUGACCUUGCCUAGUCUCCUCCCUCGGUUCUGGGGUUUUGGAUUUUUCCUUAUUUUGUGACCUCUGCUGGAUAUUGACCACCGUUUUGCAUGAUUCCUGUCUGUACUGGUGCUUUCAUUAAGUCCCCACAAACCGAGACCUGUGUGUGCUGUGCGUUUGGGUCCUUCGCCUUGCUGCCUCGUGACAGUACAAUCUGGCUUAACUUGGACCCAGCCAUGGAUUUUCCCUGGUCGGAGCUAACAGAACUUAAACUUGUGCUUCAGAAGGCUUCUGAAGGUCGUUGCAGAGCCCCCGAUACUUGGUUGAGUUCGGUGAAUAUUCUUAUGGACAUGCUCACGUCGGAGCCCUGUGGCUUGACAACCCCAGAGAGAAGAAGCUCCUCAGCUUGAGCACGGUACACAAGGAGCUGGAGUCUAUCAAGGUCCCCGCUCUCUUUUGGUUCAAGCCUCAGUUCUUGGCUUCAUGUCCUUCCACUCGCCAAAACUCCACUCCAGCCCCAUCUCGCUCCCCAGUUCCUGCUUUGACAGCGACGUCAGAGCCGACCCCAGACCUUGUUGAAAUGCUGACAACGCGCCUGUUCUCAGCCUUUGCUCCAGCUCUAGUGUCUGCUGCUCAGCCCUCUAAACCACGUCCUACUGCUUCAUUCCCAGUGACCAAGCCGUGCUCUCCCAGUUCUCCAGUCCCCUGCACCCUCACCACAGUCGUAGCUUUUUCCAGCAGUACUAUGGAAUGGCUUCGACUCCAUUGCUCAUCACCAGUGCGGUACAGAUUGACGGAGCUCCUAGAAGCCACCACCUCUGCAACCGACCCCCGUGUCAGGAGGGACACCUACAGGGAGGCGGUGGCACUUAUCCAAAGGACUCCUGGGCUUAGUGAACCAAUGGAAUACACAGAACUACAGCCCACUCCAGUCACAGAAGCGCAGCCCACUCCUGCAUCAACCACUUUGUCUCAGCCUGCAUCAGCCAUUGUGUCCCAGUGCAAUCCUCAUGUCCUGCUUAUGUUCCAGCUCAUCGUACCCAAUCUGCUAAAGCAUCUGUUGUGCACCCACAUAGUGAACACAGCAUGAACAUACACCAUGAUAACAUCGCUCCAGAAGACAUGCAGCAAGACAGUAACAGACUAUAUCAUUAGGGCAGAAGCCGCCAUUAUGGCGCUGCGGAACGCAGGUGAAACUUUAGGAAAUUGUCUGCUCAUUGCUUCUAUUUUGAAAAGACUGCCUGAAAAUUUUAAACCAUUCAUAUUACAUGCUGCACAUAAUGAGGACAAUAGAACAUUUGCAGAGUUCAAAACAAAGCUGUGUAGUUUUGAGGCUACAGAGAAGCUAACCACUGCAGAGUCAAGAGACAAUGUGAUGAAGACAUGAAGGGGUGUGUGUGUGGGUGUGUGUGUGUGUG